AUGACCGAAGAUCGCGCUGACAUGAAGAAAGACGAUUCGGAAUCUAAAGGUGCGAACGGCGAUCGCGAUCGCGGCGGUAGUCCAUCUGCGAAUGAUAAUGGCGCUGAGCGUGAACAACGCGAUGACGUUUGCCGCGAUUUUCUUAAGAACAUAUGCAAUCGCGGCUCACGUUGCAAAUUCUACCAUCCCGCAGACAGCAAGCAGCGCACUGAAGAUAUGAUCAAUUUCUGCAUCGACUUCCAGAACCGUGGCUGUAUGCGCGACAAUUGCCGCUUUGUGCAUGCGUCGCGCGAGGAAGUGGAGCGCUACAAGCACACGCGCGAAGUGACGUUGCCGCUCGCGCGAGCAAUCGCAGCGGUCACGCAAGGCGACACUAUCGCGGGAAUCCCG